UGAUCAUCUUCGCGCGUAACAAAACGAAGUUUUGGCGGAAUUUUWGUGAAAUUCAACGAAAAAAUACUACUUUUUUAAGAAACUAAAAUGACUGAACUUGACACAGCACUAGACAGCAACCUUGAAAGUCUACAAGCUGAUCCGACAGGCAUCAAGAUAUCAGACCAAGAGCGUCAACUUGCCAACCAGGCACAUGUAGAGUUUGAAAGCCAACAGUAUGAAAAGUGUUUAGAAGCUCUAGAUAAGCUUGGAGAUUUACGUCAAAGUGAUCACAAAGUCGUGCAUAAUAAAGCUGUUGCUCAGUUUUACCAAGCAAAGUUCACAAAGACUGAUGAGUUUUAUAAAAAUCUAAUGUCCACCAAAAAACAGGUUGAACAUCAGAUAGGUGAUGAUUCUGAUGACCUUGACAUGGCCUAUCUGCUGUACAAUGAAGCUGUAGUGUGUUAUAAUCUAAGACAAUACAACACAGCAGUUUGCACCUUAAACAGGUUGUUUAAUGUCGUUGAACCUUUAGAUGAAAAUCUGGCAUUGAAAGUAUGUUUUUUACUUGCUGAAAUUUAUCUUAUAUUGUACAAGGUAUGUAAUGUUUAUCUACAUUUUGUAUUCAUUCAUCUGUUUUCUCAUGUAUCCUCUCCUUUCCCUUCUGGUUUCCCAUUUUAUCGUUCAUAUGUUUUUCACCAAAUUCCCCAGCUGUUUA